AUGAUCUUCGCCCUUCCACUCGCUGCCCUCGUCGCCUCCGCCGCCGCCGCUGAAACCAACCAGUGGGCCACCUACCCAUCGGUGCCCAAAACCGCCACCAUCAACGGUUUCGCCGACCCCGUCUUCGACUCGCUUCCAGAGUGUGCCCAGCCCUGUGUCAAGGAGUCCACCUCCUCCACCCCCUGCCCAUACUGGGACACCGGCUGUCUCUGUGUCAUGACCACCUGGUCCUCCAAGGUGACCGAGUGCUACGCCGAAAAGUGUACUGGUUCCGACGCCCAGAAGGCCUACGACGCCUCCGUCCAGAUCUGUAAGAACGCCGGUGUCUGGGAGCCAUACUGGAUCAUCAACGACGCCGCCAAGGACGCUGUUUCCUCUGCUGCCGCCAAGGAGCCAGCCACCUCCGACGCUGCCGAGUCCACCCCAGCCACCUCCUCCACUGCUGCCGAGCAGACCACCGAGGAGACCACCACCGAGGGUGAGGCCACCUCCGCCACCUCCCAGCAGGCCCAGGAGACCGGUGAGACUGAGACCACCGAGGCUGCUGAGACCACCGAGGCUGCUGAGACCACCGCUGAGGAGUCUGCUGCUGAGACUUCUGCUGCUGAGACUUCUGCUGAGAAGACCGAGGGUGCUGCUUCUUCUGCUGCUCCUUCUGCCGCUGUUUCUUCCUACGAGGGUGCUGCCCAGGGCGUUUUCCCAGCUGCCGCUGUCGGUGUGGCUGCUGGUGUCGCCAUGCUUUUGUAA